GGCGCCUAGGAGACGCGGGAAGGCGCCACCACCGCAGCCGCCGCCGCUGGCCAAGGUGCUGGACGCCACAGGCCCAUCGGCUGCUUCGCCAGGUCAGGCCCUCACCUCCGCUGCAGCCGCUGCUGCCUCGCUUCCAGCCAGGUCCCCAUGGAAGAGAUGGAAGAAGAGUUAAAAUGCCCUGUGUGUGGCUCCUUCUACCGGGAGCCCAUCAUCUUGCCCUGCUCUCACAAUUUAUGUCAGGCGUGCGCCCGCAACAUCCUGGUGCAGACCCCGGAGUCCGAGUCCCCCCAGAGCCGCCGGGCCUCGGGCUCUGGGGUUUCCGACUAUGAUUAUCUGGACCUGGACAAGAUGAGCCUGUACAGCGAGGCGGACAGCGGCUAUGGCUCCUACGGAGGUUUCGCCAGCGCCCCCACUACCCCGUGCCAGAAGUCGCCCAACGGCGUCCGUGUUUUCCCCCCUGCUAUGCCGCCACCGCCCACCCACCUGUCACCGGCUUUGGCCCCCGUGCCCCGCAACUCCUGCAUCACCUGUCCCCAGUGCCACCGCAGCCUCAUUCUGGAUGACCGGGGGCUCCGCGGCUUCCCCAAGAACCGCGUUCUGGAAGGGGUCAUCGACCGCUACCAACAGAGCAAAGCCGCGGCCCUCAAGUGCCAGCUCUGCGAGAAGGCGCCCAAGGAAGCCACGGUCAUGUGUGAACAGUGCGACGUCUUCUAUUGCGACCCUUGCCGUCUGCGUUGCCACCCGCCACGGGGUCCCCUAGCCAAACACCGUCUGGUGCCCCCGGCCCAGGGCCGCGUAAGCCGGCGGCUGAGCCCGCGCAAGGUCUCCACCUGCACAGACCACGAGCUGGAGAACCACAGCAUGUACUGCGUGCAAUGCAAGAUGCCGGUGUGCUACCAGUGCCUGGAGGAGGGCAAACACUCCAGUCACGAAGUCAAGGCUUUGGGGGCUAUGUGGAAAUUGCACAAGAGCCAGCUUUCCCAGGCGCUGAAUGGAUUGUCAGACAGGGCCAAAGAAGCCAAGGAGUUUCUGGUACAACUCCGCACCAUGGUGCAACAAAUCCAGGAAAACAGUGUGGAGUUCGAGGCCUGCCUGGUGGCCCAGUGUGAUGCUCUCAUUGAUGCUCUAAACCGAAGGAAGGCUCAGCUGCUGGCCCGGGUCAACAAGGAGCAUGAGCACAAGCUAAAGGUGGUCCGGGAUCAGAUCUCUCAUUGCACAGUGAAACUGCGCCAGACCACGGGCCUCAUGGAGUACUGCUUGGAAGUGAUUAAGGAGAAUGACCCCAGCGGCUUUCUGCAGAUUUCAGAUGCCCUCAUAAGGCGCGUUCACUUAACUGAGGACCAGUGGGGAAAGGGCACUCUCACUCCCAGGAUGACCACGGACUUCGACCUGAGCCUGGACAACAGCCCCCUGCUGCAGUCCAUUCACCAGCUGGACUUCGUGCAAGUGAAAGCUUCCUCUCCAGUCCCAGCAACCCCCAUACUACAACUGGAGGAGUGUUGCACCCACAACAACAGUGCUACGCUGUCCUGGAAACAGCCCCCUCUGUCCACUGUGGCCGCCGAUGGCUACAUUCUGGAGCUGGAUGAUGGCAGCGGUGGUCAGUUCCGGGAAGUGUAUGUUGGCAAAGAAACAAUGUGCACAGUGGACGGUCUUCACUUCAAUAGCACAUACAAUGCUCGAGUUAAGGCCUUCAACAAAACAGGAGUCAGCCCCUACAGCAAGACACUGGUCCUCCAGACGUCUGAGGUGGCUUGGUUUGCUUUUGACCCCGGCUCGGCACACUCCGACAUCAUCUUCUCCAAUGACAACUUGACAGUGACGUGCAGUAGCUACGAUGACCGGGUGGUGCUGGGGAAAACCGGCUUCUCCAAGGGCGUCCACUACUGGGAGCUGACCAUAGAUCGCUAUGACAACCACCCUGAUCCAGCUUUUGGUGUGGCUCGCAUCGAUGUGAUGAAGGAUAUGAUGUUAGGGAAGGACGACAAAGCUUGGGCAAUGUAUGUGGACAAUAACCGGAGCUGGUUCAUGCACAACAACUCGCACACCAACAGAACUGAAGGAGGGAUCACAAAAGGGGCCACCAUCGGGGUCCUCCUCGACUUAAACAGAAAGACACUAACGUUUUUCGUCAACAAUGAACAGCAAGGCCCCAUAGCCUUUGAGAACGUGGAGGGCCUGUUCUUUCCUGCAGUCAGCCUGAACAGGAAUGUGCAGGUCACGCUUCACACCGGGCUUCCGGUCCCCGACUUCUACUCCAGCAGAGCUUCCAUAGCCUAAGGGUGUGCUGUGGAGGCACUAGCUGUCCCUGGGAAGGACAGCCUGGAGCCAGCAGCCUCGGCGGACAGAGUCAGAGAAGAAUGAGAACAGCUGGUCCUCAGCCACCUCCACCCUUAAAGGCUCCGCCCUUUCCCAUCAGCCUCUCUGCAUCACUGAACCCAGGCUCCCUUCCUCGCCACCCAGAAACUUGCAGCCCACUGUUCCCCUUUAUUCCCACUUCCACGGGUUGUUUUUCUUUAAUUUAGUGGCUUUUUGUUGUUGUUGUUGUUUGCUUUUUGUUUUAAUGUAGGUUGAAUUAAUUUUAAUUCUUUUCUGAUUAUGUUUUGGUGACUUACCUAUCUACCUGGCACGGCCAGAAGAAAUUCUCCUGGAAACUUUUUUUCUUAAGCUUUUGGACAACGAUGUUCUAGGAGAGCAGAUAGGAAAGAAACCAAAUUUAGAAUUUGCCAUUUGACUCCUAGAAUGUUCUUGCCCUGAUUCUUGUCAAACAAUGUUAGCUCUUUGUGGCUACUUCUUAGAAGGUGGUCAGAGUGCACUUGGGGUCCAGAAGUCUUACCACACCCUGAAGCACAAAUGCAUCAGCUACACUGGCCCCCAGCAGGGUAUGGACCUUUCAAACAGGCUCUAGGCACUGGGAAAACCAGGAGAUUCAAUGAUUUGAUUUAUUUGACUAUUACAAGUUUUUAAUUAAGAACUACUAUGGACCAGGCACUGUUCAGGACACUAGAAUGCUGUGUUCAUGAACAGCCUGUCUUCCUGGAACCUAUAUUCUUAUGUAAUAAAGCAACAAAUAACUUCAAGUUGUUCUAAGUAAGGAAACACAUCAGAGAAGGUGUCACUGACAAACCCCGAGAUUGAUGCUGAACCCACACACUCUGGCCGUCACACCAGAUGAGAAUCAACCCAAUGCUUUCGCCACCGCACUAUCUCAACUAUGGUCUCUGCUGUCACUCACCACAGAGCCCUUCCUUGGCAGAAUUGAUGUCAGCAUUGUUACUCAUUAGUGCUGUGGUCAUAACAAGCCUUAAAAAAUCGAAUGUUAAAACAAAACCCGAAAUGACCAGAAGGUGCAGGACCCAGUCACAACCCUGGGCCUGCUAAGUUUCAAGCCACAACAUUUACAUCCUCAGGACAAACACGCCAUCUCCACGUGUACUCUGUGCCUGUCACAAGUGAGACUCCAUCGCUCACUGCUGUCACAGCUUGACAUUCUAAAGAAGCUCAAAUCGGGUUUGGAGAAGUGUAAGUAUGGCUGUCAUUUCUGGCACAACCACACUUACGACUGACUCCUCACGGAGUAGACACCCUUCAGAUGUUUCCAUUAGACACGAACUUUUAGAGAAUGUAGGACCUGUAUGGGGGGGGGACCUCUGAUUAGUUGUGUAAAUACUUUCCACUGAGCCGAGAACCCACUAGAAUAACAGUAAAUGACAGAGAAGGGAUGGGGGAGCUGGCAGGGCUUCGACUAAAAGUGAUCUAUGUAGAUAGCUCCUUCUCUGCUCGAGUGCUUCCUUUAGAUCAUCACUGUCUUCGUGGUCUUCUAGUUAGAACCUAAUUUAUUGAAUGGGUGCUAUCCUGUCUGUGUCUGUCUCGGGUUGCUGUAACUACAGAACACUGUUGUGAGACCAUACUAGUUUGAUCUUUCAUUGUUCCAAUGAGACUUCAUGGCUGGGCCGCUAGUUACUCUUUAUUAAAUCCACCCCCCAGGUUAGAGUUCUAGUGACUUGUAACAAAUAGUUUACACUGAACUACAACUAUAGAUGCAUACAACUACUGUACUAGAAUAAAGAGGUCAUUCGUGGUAUGCCAAUAAAGCGUUUUGA